GGCAGACGUGGCCAGCGCGGCGAGCCGCCAGUGCCAGGCUCGACGCAGGGACCGCCAGGUGUCUGUUGUGGGGCCCCUCCAGCAGCGAGGACACAGACUGCGUAGCGAACCUGCACGUGACAGCCUUAGCUCCCACAUCCAGCCACAUAUUCGUAAUCAGUCGCGGUAUAAGAGGGAUCAGUGCCGAAUCUUUGACCGACUGUGUAACCCGGAUUUUGUGAAUGCAGUGUCGGCGUUUAAUUUCUACGUUAUGUUCGUGGGUUUGCAGCACGUACAGUACCGCAUCAAUGAACAAUUUGCCAGAGAGUAGGUGGCAGUAAAUCUAAAAAGUACAUGUGUUUGUUGCGGACAGUUUCUUUUCGCGUGCACAAUGUAAAGAGGACUGGAGACCUCUAGGUAAUAUAGCCUGAUCGUCUAAGUGAAGCAUUCCAGUAAAUAUGCGAUCCUCAUGAACUUAAGAAUACAUGUUUAGUGAUUUCGGCGAAAGAUCGUUGAGCUGCAAUUAGAGCGUGCGAUGAAUUUUUCACACUGAUGUGCGUGUAUUACUCUCGCUCAAAUUUCCUUACAAUCGUUCAUUUUGUGCUUCUCAUAAACAUCAUAUGUACAGACUGGGAUUUCCCUUGAGUGAUCACUUGGCAUUUAGGAGAUGUACGGUGUAAUCGGAAUAAGCCAGCAGGUAGCCUGACGAAGAAGUUGUCGACACUACUCUUCAUCUUGUCUGCUCAGCUGUCUUCGAAUGAGCUGCAGUCACCAUCUUCAUCGAAGACAACGUACUGUGACGGAUGCUCCUCUCAUUUGUUCGCGUAUCACUAUUUUACGACAAGAGUGAAAGUGUUUACUAUAAAAUUCGUCGUAGCUGUAAUUAUUGUUUUCGUAGCUUAUUAAAGAAAUCGCGUGCCUGAAGUGGUGCAAUGCGCGACAGAUGUGAACGUAGUAAAAUAUUUGGUACUUGUAAAUACCUGCACGGACGUUGAGGAGGAAUAAGGCAGACUGUUCAUCGAAAGUGAAGGAUGAUGCGAGAGUGCCAUUCGUUCCAUCUUCCACUGGCGGAAUGCUGAAAACGCUUUUUAUAGACGAGCUUCACUGUUGUGCGUUGUAACACCGGCGUGAAGUCUGGAGUGUGAGCACCCGCUGGAGAGUCGUGGCUGCCCAGUGAUGGUGGAAUCGACGCAGAGUGCGGGCGCCACCCCUGGAGGCCAGUCUGCGACCGGCGGCGGCGAUGAGGCGGUCCCCAGCGCUCCCACCACCCGGUCGCCGGAGUCGGAGGAGCGGCGCCGCACGGGCCAGUACAUGGCGCUGGGCGUCGUGGCGGCGACCUUCCUGGUGGGCCUCUACCACGCCUGCCUGCAGAAGAACGCCGCGCUGGCCGGCCUGCUCGUUCCCUCGCUCAUCAUGAUCGUCUACCUGGCCUGGGUGCUCUACUCCGCCAGGAAGAAGAAGUACGGGGAGAGGAGGCGGAGUUCGGCGCUGGAGAGCGGCGGGCUGACGCCACGGGCGGCGCGGCGGCUGGCGGAGCACUGCUACAGCAACCCGCAGCAGGACAUCACCGCCACGGAACUGAAUAAUGCAUCAAGAAAUAUUCGGAUCGCAUGACGCAGCCGUGUAGCUGUGUGCUGCCACGUCCUCGUCGUGCUGCCAUGUUCCGUGGCUCAAAACGACAACUACUGCUGGAUUCCAACGAACUUCCCAGGAAGAAGUGCUGGCUGCGUCAGCGGGGAGUCCUACUUGGUUUACGUUCCAGUGUCAAAACAUAUGAUCAAACUGUUGACAAUUU